GUGCAGCGGUGCACACAAUCCCCACUGUGACCGCCACUUGGGAAGAAAGGCAGUGAGAGGACACUGGACAGAGUAAAAUGUGAUGAUUAGAGGUUUUCCCUAGCAGCACCAUGGCUAUGGUUCUUGGGAGGUUCUCGUCCUACAGGAGCAACCUUUGGAGGUCCCUGCUGGGCUGUCAGGAAGCCCUGGACAGGUUUAGUUGUUCAGCUUUAUUGAAUAAGGAAUCCGGCAUCCAUACAUCUUCCUUGGCUUGUGCUGGACAUAAUAAGUGGUCCAAAGUCAAACAUAUCAAAGGUCCGAAGGAUGCAGAGAGAUCGCGCAGGUUCGCUAAGCUGUCCAUGAUGAUCAAAGUGGCUGUGAGAGAAGGAGGCCCUAACCCUGACCUGAAUCAUCAGCUGUCCAAUCUCGUUGAGCAGUGCCGGCUGAGUAAUAUGCCCAAGAUUUCCAUCGAGGCUGCCAUCAAAGGAGCUGAUAAGUCCAAGCCGACCUCCUAUGUUCUGUUCCAAGCAAGAGGGCCUGGAGGAGCUUCCCUACUCAUUGAACUCCUGACCGACAGCACCAACCGUACUUUUCAAGAAAUAAAAGUCAUACUGAACAAAAACGGAGGAACCGCUACAGAUGGAGCCCGGCAUUGCUUUACUAAGAAGGGAGUGGUAAUUGUACAGACUUGUGACAAAGAUGGCAGUCCUGUGUCCAUGGAGCAAGCACUGGAGUUUGCCAUACAGGCUGGAGCAGAGGAUGUACAAGAAUCACAGGAUGAGGAGGACAAGGAUGUGUACAAGUUCAUCUGUGAAGUCCCCUCCUUGCGAGACGUCCGCUCGCAGCUUGUCUCCCUGGGAAUAGUGCCGAUCUCGUCCGCUCCUGAGUAUUUGCCCACCAUCACUGUACAGGUAUCAGACUCUGACAAGGAGCAGCUGUUCCGGCUUCUGGAGUUGAUCAACAACCAAUCGGAUGUCUUACGGAUUUACGACAACAUCGAAUAGAAGUGUGUCCCAUGUAACCAAUGCUGCCACCAGUGAC